AUGCCGACUAUGGAGGGGCUGCGACUACUUCUGGAGGAGCAAAGCCGGGUACUCCUUCAGGCUCAACAGACACAGUUGUCGACAACCUUGGAGGCAUGGGAAACGAGACAGUCAGAACGUUUGGACAAGAUCGAGGGCCGAGUGGACAGCACAGCGGACCAGGUCGAGGGAAUCCAACGGCAGGUGAGGGAACUGACCGAUCGUCUCAACAAAGUGGAGUCGCAACCUUCUACCUCAGGACCUGGGCCGGAUCGGAAGCAUACACUGGUGUUUGGUGGAUGGCAUGAAGGGACCAGGAAAUCGACUUUGCUUUAUCAGCUACAGCAGGCCAUAGCCGGCCUUGGCCUGUCUAAGGACCUAGACCAGGAGCCGUUCUGCACUGGGGCCCGAAGGUCAGUCUCGUUGUGCACAUUUCGGAAAAGGCCGGAUGAGGAUGAAGGGCUUCUUCGAGAUCGAAUGCUUCAUGUUCUUCAGACCGUCAACGCCAGUAAGGUUACGCUGGACGGGGCAGCCCGUCCUCUAUGGUGUGCCUUCAGCAAGUCCCCUGCUGAGCGGGGGCGGGCUUCACUGGCGACGGUGGUGAGGAAGGCAGUACUUCGGUUUGCACCCAAUCGAGUCUCAGACCUGGAUGUGGAGUACACGACCGGUAGGAGCUGGAUAAAGGAGGACCAGCUCACGGGCAUGAACGACCAGGCGGUGGUGAUCCGAGGAGCUCGGACGGUUACGACACGAGGGGGAGACGGUUGGAUUGAUGAGAAGACGUUGGCCAAAUGGGUCGAGACGGAUGUUGGGGAAAUUCGCGGCUCCUCGCACAGACGCUUCCUCAACUUCGGCUUCGGCACAACAGGUGGGUCAGAGGCAGUGCGCGACUCUACCAGGGGCAGCCUGGAAAAAGACGACCUUCUCUUGCUGCAGGAAGUCCCCAGAGAGCAUGAGGGUUGGAACCACCAAGAACUAGAAGGCCGCAAGGUUGUAUCCCACCGAAGAGGCACCCAAUGGCGAGGGACGGGGCUGUGCUAUGACCCCGGGUCUUGGUGCGUGUUGCGGAAACUACAUACCAGCAGAGGGACGCGGUGCAAAGUUCGCCACUUGGAGAGGGGCCUGGAGGUUUGGCUGGGCACAGCCCACUUCUCGCCGGGGGUGACUGCGGAAGGGUAUGAGGACGAGGUGGAGGACCACUUUCGAUCACUACCAAGGGAUGCUUCGAAGGUAAUUUUCCAAGGGGAUGUCAAUGCUCCUUUUGGGUGGCUACAGGUGGAUGGGCAGAUCACUGUGGUCGCAAAGGAUGGCAAAGGGCACACCUUGCACAGGGCGGUGGUGGAAAGACAACUUGAGGUUGGGGUCCCCUCAGAGCAACAGAUGAACACCCCAACAAGCAGACCUCGGCAAGAGAACAAGCAGGGUCAGUGCAUUGACGUCAUGGCCUACAAAGGGUUGAGGCAAUCGCGAUGGCAUAUUCAUGUUGACUCUUACAUGUGUGUCGGCAGCGAUCAUGAGCUUUGUGAGUCUGUGUUCUGCAUUGAUGCCGAGAAGACAACGAAGAGACACGAGACGAGACCAAGGGUUUGGGCAGGGGGUGUGGACUGUAUCGAGGGAUUAGACCAAUCCAAGAUGGAAGACUUGGCGCGCAAGUGCACGAAACCGACCCCGGGACAUGGCUACAAGGACCCUCAGGAAGUCAAGCUCGCCUUCAAGGAGGCCAAGCGCCAGGGUACCGCAUGCCUGUGGAAGCGAGCACUCAAACUCCGAAAGGCGGCACGGCGGCAGUGGGAGUGGGAGCGACUGGUACGUGCAAGUGAAGGGGAGUGGCACUCUUUCAAGGGCCUUAAACCGCGGAGAGAUGCAGGGUGGGAUGUCGGAUUCGCUGACGCCCAAGAGCUCGACCCACAUCAGGUGGUACAUGAUCAUUUGACUCAGGUUUACGAAGGGGUCGAAUCGGAGGGGGCGACGAAGUGGUCGGGCGAGGUCAAUGCCUUCACACGAGAGGAGCUCGAUGCAGGGUUACGACAGAUGAAGAGAGGGAAAGCAGUGGGAGCAGACAAGACCUCAGCCGAGUUGCUAUUUGGGUUGAUUGAAGUGCCCGGUGGUGCUGAUCAUCUACUUGAAUGGUUUAACAGGAUUUUGGCCACGGGGGACAUUCCCACUCAAUGGAAUCGGCCGGUGGUUGUGAUGCUUCCUAAGAUUCGAGCCCCCAAGAAAGCCAAGGAGCUCAGACCCAUCGCCAUGGGGUCGGCGGUUUCCAAGCUUUUCAACCGUAUGCUACUCAACCGAUCGCUCCAAGUCCUAUCACCCCAGAGUUAUGUUCAAUGCUCCGGAAAAGGACGCCAAACCUCGGAUUUCCUAUUCACCAUCAUCAGAUUAUUUGAGCUCACGAGGGAAUGGGGUAACCCAUUGGUGGUCUUCAAGAUGGACCUGGAGAAGGCAUUCGACAGCCUGGAUCGCAGGGUUUUCUUACAACGGUUGGAAGAGAAGCUGGGGAAGGGGGCAGAGUUGAAUUGCUGGAAAGGGUUGCUAGCGAACACCCGGGGGCUGCUUCAAACACCAUGGGGCAACUCGGAAGUGGUGAUGGCUAAGGGAAUCAAACAGGGUGCUGUGGAGUCGCCUGUCUUCUUCUCGCAUAUCGCUGAGGUGGUUAUGCUGGACGCAGUCUCCAAGUACGGAUGGAGGGAUGCCCCCCCCUUGUUCCCAGGCCUUCCCCCUGAAGAAAUGAUGUACAUGGAUGACGGGAUCAUCUGGAAUGGUGACAUCCGCACGGUUGAAACUAGGGCUCAUCAACUCUCAGUGGAAUUCGCAACCUACGGCCUCAAAAUGAAUGCUGCCAAAUGCCACUUGUAUGUUGCACCCAACUCCGGGGACAAGGACUACAUACUCCUUAACGGCAUCAAAGUGGUCGCGUCUCCCACGUUGGAGGUCAUGGGGGUCAGCUUGAGGGUGGGUGGAACGGUGUAUGAAUUGGUGGCUCCUGCAUCUUCGAGAGCAAGGGCUAAAUUCUGGGAGCUUCGGCAUCUCUUUCGGACCAAGGGCUACAUGAAACACAGGGCCAGAGUCAUGGAGAGAGUCUUGGGCGGGACCGCGCUUUGGUUUAUUUGCUGUGUGCCACCCGACAAAUCUGCGAUGACAGCACUGAACUCCACUCAGCUUCAGCUGAUGGUCUGGCUGCUCAGGUUCGCGAAAACAGAGGGUGAGACAUGGGCUCAAUUCAGGCAGCGCGCGUUCCGGGGUGCACGCGCCGCCCUGCACUCGGCAGGGCUUGAACGGUGGAGCACGGUGUGGUUGCGCCGGGAAUUGCUGCUCCUUCUGGGCCAACUCACUCGACGGUUACCUCAUCGCUACACCGUGAACCUGCCGAAGGGCCUCCUCGCAGACGUCGCCAGGGGCCCGCACGACAUGCACCUGGAUUGGCUCGGCCGAAGAACAGCUCUACAGGUUGGUAUCACAGGUGGUGCUCGGGCUUCCUCAAGCAACUACGGAGACAUUUCGGUGGAACACACGGCCUACCAAGAUUUCCUGCACUAUGUCAGGGGGAGAAGGGAUGUGGUGCAAUGUCUUCCACACCUGAGCUCGGACGAGGUUAUACUGGCCACUCGCCCGAUGCAGCAUGAGCCGCCAUCUCACCCCUACGGCAUCUUCCAUGCUAACUGGGUGGAUGGAACCACAGGGGAGUGGGGCAGUUACGACGACAUGGACCCGGCCCUCCUGGACCGAGCUACUUCUACGGAUGAAAUGAUGGCAGGGGGCAUGGUCGAUGGGAUAAGGGAGGGACUUGGAACUUCGAACUCGGCUCGAGGCUCCCAUGCACCAGAUCAGGGACCUGAUGAGGAAGACCCCACUGUCCUCUUCCAACUCCCGGUGUCGGUGGAAGCACGUUGGCACCGGCUUAUAGCGCAACUUCAUGACUGGGUGGAAGAGGGCCUCGCAGCGGGUCUUGCAGUUCGCAUGGCGAGGCAUGCGGCGGAGCAAGUCAGGGAACAUGGGUUUAUGGAGUGGGCGGAGGCGCCUCUCCACACGCUGGGCGCGGGCAUACCUUUCAGCGACGGGCCCUCGGAUGAGACCACUCCUCCCAGAAUGCGCGCAUGGGCCUCAGAGAUUGUGGAAUGCUUGGUUCUGUGCUUCCGCACCGAGCGCUACCAGGGACUAGCACAGGACUUGAUGGAGGACGAGGUGUCCCUUAUGGACAGGGAGCGCAGACCCAGGAAUGCACGGAGGAGGUACCGUGACUCUCGCAGUCCGAGGAUCGCUGCGCGGCAAGCUGGAGGGGCAAGAUCUACGCGGGGUUCGGCUGGGGAGGACAGCGAGUACGUGGAGGUUCACCUGGAGGAGGCGCCGGAGCCAUGGGACUUCGCGGCCUUCGAGAACGGAAACCUCUGGUCCUACUUCGGGGGCGAGCUCCCCAAGCACAAGGCCUACAGGUACCUGCUCUUCUCCCGCACAGCCCUGGGACCGGAAUUGGAAGCGGGGAGCCGUAUUCCAAACAACUGGCUUCCGGAAAGCAUGGUUCGAGAGAUUUGCAGAACCCACGAAUCGAUGUCCCCGACCAACAGGGGCAUUUCAACAUUGGCUCUGUUGACCGUGAUCAGAUUCCUGGCACAGGAACUGACACAGACCAUCCAACAUGCCGAGACAAUUGCCAGGUCCAGAGAGGUGGGGAGAAGACAUGGUGAACCGGAGGAGGACGACGAAGAACUUCUCCUCCAAGUGGGUAUGGAAGUCAGCCGCGGCAACACGGUCGACGAAGUGGCCAUGAUGCAGGGGUUCUUCUUCGCGACGGAUGGCCGGGACUCGGCCCAACAACGGUGGACCAGAGACCUUUUACGACUACAGAAGGAGCUGGUCGGGCAGAGGAAAGACAGGAGACGAGCCAACGUUCAGGGGCUGUUGGCAUCACUACGGGCAGCACCCAAUGGGCCUAUGAGUUCAGACUGGGGGGAGCAACUCCAGGCGCUCCUGCUGGUCUUACUGGAGGACACGACCGAGGUGGAGGCUUCGACGGAGCAGGAUUGGGGGUGGCUGCAGCCUUGGGUGGCGGAAUUAGCCACCUUCAUUCAGGGUAUGCAAAUGUGGGGGUCGCCGAUUCUGGUGGACUCUCAGCCUCGGACAACUUCUUCUGGAGAGGACCACCAAUGUGGGGAAAACGACGCAGGCCAGGGGAUUGAGGACUUGCUUCGGGACGAGGAAGAAGAGCGGGAACUACAACGGAGAGAAGCGCAGCAAGAAGAACAACGCCAGGCUGACCACGAACGACUAUGCCGAGUGGAAGCGGACAAUCUUCGCAAUGAGGCGGCGGCAUACCGGGCCUGGGAGGAUAGGCAGAUUCAACGCUACCUGGCCGAAACUACGCCUGCCUCGGAUUCCAAGAAAAGGUGCAUCUUGCAGGUGGAACUGGCUUCUGGAUCAGGGGACAGACCGGUUCGACGGCAAACUUUGGCACUGGAGGUACCUGAGGAUGGUUCUGAGUCCGUGGUGACCAUACGAGCUCGGAUGGAGCCGGACCCUGACGGGGUGGAGACCUUGGGGGUACCGAGCCCGGAGCCUGACUGCCGUCCUUCCGAACUCGGGCACACAUCGCAGAGCGAACCAGGUGGUGGCGUCUCCCAGAUGGCGGAGGGGUGCAGCCAAGAGGCGCAGUGUGAGACGGUCCCGGAGCUCCUGCCGCACCUCGAGUUCCACGAAUAUGAGGCGGUUUACGACAAGUGGAGCAAGGGAGGGAUCACUACUGAUGCGGUGGCUCGCAGCUAUGGCAAGCAGGUGGUGGAGAUGCUGCAGGCCCAGUUCGUACUCAGUGCGGAGGUGGACUCAGAAAAGGAAGGGUUGACCCAACUUGACGAAGGGGACACCGUCGUGAACCAGAGAGAUGUCUGA